AAUAAGACCAAUGAGAACCGAAGGCUCUGUGCACACUGGGGGUGGUACGUGGAUAUUUGCAAGCCCACCAAUUAUUCUGGACACCAGGUGGCACUGCAUAAUUCAAACCUUAGCUUCAAUUUAAGAGUGUUUUUUCCCCACAGGUGACAGGGCUAGUUCUAACAGUGACUGCUUUUGAAAAAACAGGAAACGCAGGGGCCACAUGCAAAAGUGAAACUAUGCUCUGAUCACAGCAGAUUGCAGAGAACUGGUGUCCUCUAUUUCUGGAUGAAAAAAAAUCUCAAAUUCUGUCUAAAUAAUCUCUCUCCAAUGCCUCAAGAUAGUUAAUAUCCUCGUGAUGAGCAGAAAGACACCAACUGACGUCCUCCUACAGGGACUGGAGGAUCUUGCAGAGCAAGACUUAAAAAAAUUUAUACACAAAUUAUCUGAGUUUGCCUUUGAUGACAAACCUUCAAUCCCCUGGUGUAAACUGGAGAAGGCUGACAGGAUAGAUGCUGUGAGACUCCUGAAAGAACGCUAUGACCAGGAGAACGCUGUGGACAUAGCUAUCAAAAUCUUCACUAACCUCAAUCUCAACAACUCUGCCAUGAAACUCAAACAGGAAAAAGAGACAGGUUUGGGUCCUUGGCAAACACCUGAAAGAUCAGCAAAUGCUUACAGAGUGAAGUAUAGAGAACAUAUAAAAAACAAAUACACCACAAUAAAAGACAUGAACUCUCGUCUUGGUGAGAAUGUGAAGCUAAAUAGCAGAUACACAAAGCUGAUCAUUGUAAAUGAACAUCGUCACAAAAAGCAGAGAGAACAUGAAAUAAUGGCCCUGGGACGGAGACAUGCAGAAAUCAUGGCUGAGCGCGCUAGUCCUAUCACCAUAGCCAAUUUAUUUGAAUCUGAUAGAAAUGGCCAAUCACCACAAAUUGUCGUGCUCCAGGGAGCUGCAGGGAUUGGAAAAACACUGACAGCAAAAAAGAUCAUGUUGGACUGGGCAAAUGAAGAACUGUAUCAGAGCAGGUUUGAUUAUGUUUUCUACAUAAAUUGUAGGGAAAUUAACUUUGUCAGAGAGCAGAGAAGUGUUGAAGAUUUAAUUUUAGAAAAUUGUCCUGAUCAAAAUGCACCAACUAAAGAGAUUCUGAUGAAUCCAGAAAAACUCCUGUUCAUAAUUGAUGGUUUUGAUGAACUGAGAUUUUCCUUUAAUCAAUCAACAAGUGUUCAGUGCUCUGAUCCCUGUGAGAAGCAGCCAGUGGAAAUCAUACUGAGCGGUUUAUUUAGGAAAAAAGUGCUUCUCAAAUCUUACUUAAUAAUUACUACAAGACCAAUUGCCCUGGAGAAACUUGGGCAGUGUUUGAAAGAUGAACGUUAUGCAGAGAUCCUGGGAUUUUCUGAAAAUGAGAGAAAAGAUUAUUUCUACAAGUUCUUUGAGAAUGAAGUACAAGCAAGAAAAGCCUUUAACUUUGUAAAAGACAAUGAAAUGCUCUUCACCAUUUGCUUUGUCCCCCUUGUGUGUUGGAUCAUCUGCACGGUUCUGAAACAGCAGAUGGAAGCAGGUGAAGAUCUUGCACGAACUUCCAGUACAAUCACUGGAGUGUACAUGCAUUAUCUUGACAGUUUAUUAAAGGGUCACAGCGGCACUUCAAAGCAACAGGUACAAGGUAACUUAAAGGGACUUUGCUCCUUGGCUGCAGAUGGAAUCUGGAGGAAGAAUAUACUGUUUGAGGAAGAAGAUGUCAAGAAACACGGAUUAGAUAAACCCGAUUCCCUCUUUCUGAAUGAGAACCUGUUUCAAAAAGGCAUUGACUGUGAGUGUGUUUAUACCUUCAUUCACUUGAGUUUUCAAGAGUUUUUUGCAGCUUUGUUUUAUGUGUUGGAGCAAGAAGAAACAGUGGAAAAUUCAGAAACUGCUAUACAACCUGUGGAAAAAUUGUUUGAGAAGUGUGAAAAAUCUAGGAAUGAUUUAAUGUUAACAGUGCGAUUCCUGUUUGGUCUCUUAAAUAAAAAGAGAAUGGAGGAGAUGGAGAAAAAACUUAGCUGCAAAAUUUCACCCAAAAUUAAAAAUAAUUUACUAACACAGGUUAAAGAAAAACUCUCUUUGUCAUUUUUCAAAUAUGAUAUGUUGCCUUUUGAUGAGGACACAACGAUUUUGUAUUUUGAAUAUUUUCACUGUUUGUAUGAAAUUGGAGAAACAGAAUUUGUUCAGAGUGCAAUGAAUCAUUUAACUGAACUAAAAUUACUUCAUCAUACCUUUACCAAAAUGGAUCAAAUUGUUCUUCAAUUCUGUAUAAAGAAUUCCUGUAAACUGGAGUCAGUUUAUCUAGACACCUGUACGUUUCUAACUGAAGACCUGAAUGAAGAUUCCCCAAGACCAUGCAAGCGGUCACAUGGGGCAAAACAUCAGCAUGAGCCGCGUCACUCACCUAUUUACCUGUUCUGUGAAGCAUUGGAAGAUCCAAGCUGUAAAUUAAAGAAACUAAAGUUGCAUGGGUGUCUUACAGGUGCUUGCUGCAGGGAUCUCGCUGAUGUUCUCAAAGCCAGAGAGAGCCUGACAGAGCUGGACCUGGGUUAUAAUGAUCUGGGCAAUGCUGGAGUGCGGCUGCUCUGUGAAGGACUAAAACACCCGACCUGCAAACUGCAGAAACUGGACUUGAGUUCUUGUUUUCUCACAGACGCUUGCUGUGGGGAUCUUGCCACUGUUCUCAGAAUGAACCAGAGUCUGACAGAGCUGGAUCUAGGUUAUAAUAAUCUGGGAGAUGCCGGUGUGAAGCUGCUAUGUGAGGGAUUGAAACAAAACUGCAAAUUACAGAGUCUGAACUUGCGGAAGUCCUCUACAUCGGGAUGCGGUGUCACAGCCGCUGGCUGUGGGGAUCUCGCCGCUUUUCUCAAAACCAGACAGAACCUGACAAAGCUGUACCUGGAUAAUAAUGUUUCUCUGGGAGAUUCCGGAGUGCGGCUGCUGUGUGAGGGGCUGACACACCCAAACUGCAAAUUAGAGACUCUGGUGCUUCACUAUUGUGGUCUCACAGCUGCGUGUUGUGAGAAUCUCUCCUCUGUUCUCAGCACCAGCCAGACCCUGACAUUCCUAGGUCUAGGGGCAAACAGUCUGGAGGAUUCAGGAAUGCAGCGGCUGUGUGAGGGGCUGAAACAUCCAAACUGCAAACUACACACACUAGGAGUGGACUUCCACCGUCUAACUCCAGUAAUGCAGGUAGAGCUGUAUGCAGUGAAAAAGAUAAAACCUGAUUUGAUCAUAAAGAUGCAGCCGGAGGACUGAGUGGGAGCCUGUGCACCAACACAUCUCUGGCCUGGCCGCCCUGCCACUAGCUGGAUCAGCAGCCAGGGAAAGGUGAAGACCUGGCUCACUCACUAUAAAUCCCACCAUCCCCAGGGACUCCAGCAUCAUAUUUCAGCAUCAGUGGCAGGGAGCUAAGUAGAGAUUGUCAGGCCCAACCCUCCUGUCUGAGGCAAGAAACUCAGAAGUAGAAGCUGGAUUUGCUCCAUGCUUGGUCUGACCUUAGAUGGGGGAGUUGAUUUGCGGGAUGGAGCAGGAGGAAGGAAGGGGGGCAGUGCAGGGGGGUGACCCAAGAACCAUCCUUGGAGCCAGUGGAUUCUGUUCCACUAGCUCAGUCAUUAUUUGUUGUGUUUCUUCUCCUACCCGUCCCCCUCCCACAAUUUCACACAAUUCCCUGGCCAUUAAGUCAACAUUCUAUGUCCAUCUACAGCAUUUGUUCAUGCCAGAUGGAUGUUUCUAUGUCAGUUUUGCUGGAGUCCAAUAAAGAUCAUGA